UUUCCUAAGUCAGAGACUUUAGGACACGGGACCCAGAACCAGAUGGUCCGGAGGAGACGCGCCAGCCCCCGCCGCAGCUGCCGGAGCGGUGAAGCCCCGGCGCGCCGCAGGGACUGAGCCAGCCCGGCUGGGCAGCGCCGCGGGGCCGCGCCCGGGCCAGAGGCUGCGGCGGGGUCCGGAGCCCCCCUCCCCGACGGCGGCAGCUUGACCCUGUGCCGGGGGGGCCCCCUGCGCCGUUUCCUCCUCCCCGCAUCCCCCUUUGCUUUCAUGCAACGCCUGGUGGCCUGGGACGCAGCAUGCCUCCCCAUCCAGCCGCCCGCCUUUAAAUCCAUGGAAGUGGCUAAUUUCUAUUACGAGGCGGACUGUCUGGCUGCUCUCAACAAGCUGCACCCGCGGGCGGCCGGGGGCCGCUCCAUGACCGAGCUCACCGUCGGGGACCACGAGCGAGCCAUCGACUUCAGCCCGUACCUGGAGCCUUUGGCGUCGCAGCCGCCGCCUCCCGCGGCAGCAGCAGGGGGCAACUUUGAGCCUCCGUGCAGCAGCGGCGCCGGCCAAGAUUUCCUUUCCGAUCUCUUCGCCGAGGACUAUAAAGGCAGCGGCGGCAGCAAGAAGCCCGACUACACCUACAUCAGCCUCGCCCGGCACAGCCACCCGUGCGCCAGCCAGAGCCACAAGCCGGGGGGGCUGCCGGGCUGCUUCCCGCCGCAGAUCGUGGAAACCAAAGUGGAGCCGGUCUUCGAGACCCUGGACUCUUGCAAAGGGCCCCGUAAGGAAGAAGGGGGCGCGGGGCCGGGACCGGGGGGCAUGUCCUCGCCCUACGGCAGCACCGUGCGCUCCUACCUGGGUUACCAGUCGGUGCCGAGCGGCAGCAGCGGGAACCUGUCCACCUCGUCCUCCUCCAGCCCCCCCGGCACCCCCAACCCCUCCGAGUCCUCCAAGUCCGCCGCCGCCGGCGGGGGCUACUCCGCCGCCCCGGCGGGCAAGAACAAGCCCAAGAAGUGCGUGGACAAGCACAGCGACGAGUACAAGCUCCGCCGGGAGAGGAACAACAUCGCGGUGCGCAAGAGCCGCGACAAAGCCAAAAUGCGCAACCUGGAGACGCAGCACAAAGUCUUGGAACUGACGGCCGAGAACGAGCGGCUGCAGAAGAAGGUGGAGCAGCUCUCCCGGGAGCUGAGCACCCUCAGGAACUUGUUCAAACAGCUGCCCGAGCCGCUGCUCGCCUCCUCGCCGCGCUGCUGACCCCCGGCCGGGCGGCGGGGCCAGCGGAGCCGCCGGCUGCGGGCUCCGCUCCGCUCCUGGGGCCGGGGCGAGGGGGGCGAGAGCCCACGGCGGGCGGGCGGGUUUGGUUUGAAUUUGUGUUGUCGUUGUUGUUGUUGAAUUUUUUUUUUUUUUAAUUUUUUUUUUUUUUUUUUUUUUUUUUUUUGGUCUGUCUUUACCGACGCGUUGGCGGACUCUCCGCCGCCGCGAGGGGUCGGAGCGGGGCCGGGGCUGAGCGGAGGGGGCGCGGAGGGACCCCGGCCCGGCCCGGGCGGGCUCUGCUGGGCGCUGGGUUAUUUAAAAGAGCGAAGGAGAGCAAGGGCAAAGUGAUGCAAUCCUUUAAGCAUGGCUGGGAAUGCUGUGUACAUGAUGCAAUCUCGUGUAACUGUCAGUCAUGGAUUGAGUAAUCUGUUAAAGAUGUUCCUACAGUUUUUUUAUUAUAAAGAAUAAUCUAUUUCUAUAAGAAAAUACAUAUGUAUAUUUUGGGAUCUAUGCAUUCUUGCUACAUUUGAAGCAUUAAUGAACAAUUUUAAUAAACUUUAUGACUAGGUUAAAAAAAA